CCAACUUUUUUGCCACUGCUAUGCAAGCGUGCUGUGAUCUUAAGGAUAUCAAGCUUGCCUAUCAGUUAAAUAAGGCAAUGGAGAAGGGUGACAACUGGAAAUUCUUGGACAUGGAUCGUCUGAAUGCCUACUGGUCAAAAUUCUUUUCAUUGUUGUGUAUGAUGGAACAAAUCGAUGUUGUGUUGAAGUGGUACAAAGAAAUGUCCCCUUCGGUCUUUUAUCCAACUCCUAAAAAUAUAUUGGACCUCCUUCAAGCGCUGGAUGCAGCCAACCACUUGGAAGUGAUCCCUUCAGUCUGGGAAGAUAUGAAGCAGUUGGGGUUUCAGAAGAGACAGGACUUGUUGGAAGAGCUCUUGUCUUUGAUGAGCAGGGAGCAGCACCCUGCGGAGAUUCAAGUGGCGUUUGCCAAGUGUGCUGAAGAUAUCAAAGCUGUCCAUGAGCAGAGCGGGAGGGAGCAGGCCCCGUUGGAAUGGACAGGCAGCGCGCUGGGCCACGUCGUGCUCUUGUUUUCCAGGGCUGGGAGAACCCAGGAUGCUUGGAACAUGAUGCAGCGCUUCCAACAAAUCAAUAGAAUUCCCCCUGACCAGGUGAUGAACGAGUUCUUGAACUCUGCUAAACAAUCUAAUUGCCCAGAUGAGGCAAUUAAGCUGGUAAAGCUGGCAGCGUCCUUCGGUCUUCCUUCCUUUCAAGAGCUUAAAAGCAGAACAGAGAAGGAAUUUGAACUCUCUGAAAAGCAGAAGAAGACACUGGAGAGUAUCAAGUCAGACAGCGACAGCAGUGACAGUAGCGACAGUGACAGUGACCAUGAGUAGCUGUCCCUCUUGCCUUCCCCCUGGGAAAA